AUGGCAGAAUUACCAAAAUCUUAUUUAGGAGCACAAAUUAUUGAACCUGGAAAACCAAUAAAAGUCAAUGAAAUUCAGGUUCCUGAAUUGCACUAAGGCGAAGUAUUGAUAAGAGUGGAGGCAGCACCAAUUGAUUAGCUUGAUAUUGUGAGUGCUGGACCUGAAAAUUACUUACAUAAACAAUAUCCUUUUGUGCUUGGUGCAGAAGGUUCAGGAGUAAUUGUGGCUAAACAGUAUAUACUAUUAUUCAUAUAAGUGAAUCGGUAUUGAAUCUAGAGAUAGGACAGAAAGUAUCAUUUCUAACGCUUUCAUAAUUCGGAGCAUAUGGAUAAUAUUCAGUGGCUCACAUCUCUUUAGUGUUGCCUCUUCCAGAGAACUUGAGUUUUGAAUAAGGAGCCUCUGCCAUUGGAAAUCCAGUCACAGUGAUGUUAAUGUUGGAGGAAGCAAAAGAGUUGAAAGCCAAGGCUGUCAUAAACACUGCUGCAGCCUCAUCCUUAGGUAGAUAAUUUCUUAGGUACUUUUAAAAUAAUGGAAUCGAAGUAAUAAAUAUCAUAAGAAGAAAAGAACAAGAAAAUACUUUGAAAUAAGAUGGAGCCAAAUAUAUUCUCAACUCAUCAGAUCCAAACUUUUCCAAAGAUUUGGAAUAAUUGAUAGCUUAGUUGAAGUAUUCAAUAUAAUAUUAAUUUUAGUGUAUCUCUUUUUUUUGAUGCCAUUGGAGGAGAAAUAACAGGCAAAAUUUUUAAAUUACUCCCAAGUGGGUCAGCUACAUUUAUUUAUGGAAUGCUUUCAGGCACUAAUUUCGAAGUAGAUGCAAAGGAAGUCCUUCUAAGAGGGAAGAUCAUCAAAAACUUUAGUUUAUUAACAACCAAGCAUGCUUUCAAUCCUUUUUCACAUAAAGAGGCUUUGUCAAAACUCUAUGAACUAUUAGAGACCCAACUACAGACUCAUUACCAUAAGUAAUAUACUUUAGAUCAAAUCAAUGAAGCAUUGGAAGAUUAAAAGUAAAAUGGAUCAAUAGGAAAAGUCUUAAUACGUCCAAAUAAAUGAAUGUUAUUCUGAUUUUGGAAUUACAUAUCCUAAAUUAUUUAUUCAAUUAACA